ACCUCAAAAAAUUAUUAUUAUUAUUAUUGUUUUUAAGAAUUUUUUAAAUUAUUCAAACAGUGUACUUUGCCAUAAGAACUCUUGGUGGGGUCCAUCCAAAUAUACUGGAAGGCUGAUCUUGUAAUAAAAGACAAAGACAGGGGCAUUCUUCAGAUAUCAACUCCUCUAUAUAUUGCUCCUCCUCCAAACGCCUCCAGCUGAAUUUUCCUUCGUGAAUUCCUUCCUCCGACUCUCCGAGCAAGCAAAUAAGCGUCGAGUGCACCAAUCUGGAAAAGCCAACGUAUCAUUAACCAUGUCCACGUCAGUCGUCUUCCUCCUCCUUACCCUUGCUAUUUCCUUCCUCCUCCGGCCAUCUUCGACAUCGGCGGCAAAGGCGGAGGAGGAUUUGAUGCGUCAGCUGUGGAGGUCUGAGCUGGCCCGGCUCGCCGGCUACGGAGAGGAGAGGCUCUCCUCUGUGCUCGUCACUGGCUCUCUUCUAUAUCAAGAUCGUCACUUUUCUUCAGGCUCUAAUCACCUCACCACUUCCUAUGCCAAAGGUGUGAAGGUGGCUGUUACGUGUAAAAAUGAUGAAGGCAGAAUGAAAAGAAGCGACUUUUCCUAUGGAACAACUGAUGAAUUUGGGGAUUUCAUCAUCAACAUCCCUUCCCACUUGCAUGCCAUUCCCAAUUUUGAAGAUUCCUGCUUUGUUAAGAUCCUCAAAACACAGAGAAACUCUCAAUAUUAUUAUCAAAUAUCAAUAUCAAAUCCCAUGCACAUAAAAUUAUCACAUGUUGGCAACAACAUUCGAGUAUAUACAACAGGAACAGUGAGGAUAAGUCUGAGAGGCUAGCUUGCCUUCUCAGAUAGCUUGCUUGGAGAAAGAAGCUAGAUAUAUAUAUUGCAAGAACUACAAUAAUUACAAGAGAAAAGAGGGUGAGAUGGUUCCUCAAUUAUGAUUUUUUUAUAGUGUUUGUAUAUGAUCUGUGGAUAUUUCAUGAUUAGUAUGUUUGUAUGAACCUUAUGUAACAUGCACGCACCUUGGUGUAAUAUUUGUCUAAGUAAUUUAGUGAUCAAUGAAUCUCCAUGUAGCAUGCUA